GCUUGCGGACAAGAUCGAGGCCCUACGAGUAUGGCCUGAGCCCACCAACACCACGGACGUUCGUUCAUUCAUGGGGUUGGCGGGCUACUAUCAGCAAUUCAUCACCGGAUACUCCAAGAUUGCUGCACCUAUAACGAGGUUACAGUCGCCAAAGGUGCCAUUCGUAUUCGAUGACGACGCACACCGGUCAUUCCAAGCACUUAAGACGGCUAUGCUCAUGGCACCCGUCCUUAGCAUUUAUGAACCCACCCUGCUGACACGAGUGACUACGGACGCUUCCGGCUAUGGCAUUGGGGCAGUCCUGGAACAGCACGACGACGACGACUGGCACCCUGUGGAGUAUUUUAGCCACAAAGUGUCUCCCAUCAACUCGCUUGAUGAUGCAAGGAAGAAGGAGCUGCUCGCAUUCGUGAUGGCUCUCAAACGCUGGCGGCACUUCCUCCUUGGGCGUCGUAGGUUCACAUGGAUCACAGACAAUAAUCCAUUGACCUACUACAAGACGCAGGACACGGUGAGCAGCACGAUCGGACGAUGGAUGUACUUCAUCGACCAAUUUGACUUCACACCAAAGCAUCUCCCCGGCCUUUCCAAUUGCGCAGCAGAUGCACUCUCGCGAAGACCUGAUCUUUGCGCUAUGACACAUCAUGCCUUCGCAUUCGACGAGGAGCUUCAGCGACACUUCAUCCGGGCAUAUAAGUCUGAUCCGGACUUCGACACGCUCUAUGCACAGCUAUCUUCGGAUCACCCGCCGGCCAGCCAUUACCGCAUUGCCGACGGGUACUUGCUCCUCCACUCGAGAGGCGAGGACUUACUAUGUGUCCCACRCRRCCGUCGUCUUCGGACUCGCCUCCUCGGCGAGUACCAUGAUUCACGACUCGCCGGCCAUUUCGGAGUCAACCGCACUAUUGCACGACUUCGACAGCGACUCCGAUGGCCCGACCUCAUUACCGAUGUCACUCGGUAUUGCGACUCUUGCGAAGUUUGCCGACGCAGCAAGCCCCGCAACCGCAAUCCCUACGGCGAGUUACACCCGAUGCCUAUCCCACGGGAACCCGGUCUCUCCAUUGCCAUGGACGUCACCGGUCCGUUUCCUCGCGAUCGGCUCGGGCACGACGACAUCCUCACGGUUAUGGACCGAUUGAAUAAGUACGCGCGUUUUCUCCCUUGCAASUACUACUCCACGGCUCCCGAGCUGGCACGCCUCCUGCACACUGGUUGGAUUUGUGGCCACGGUGUACCAGAAGACAUUGUCAGCGACCGCGACACUCGAUUCAUGUCGGCGUUUUGAACUGCUCUCAUGCAGGAGUCCGGCACAACAAUGAAACCAAGUUCGGCUC